UAUUUUAAUGAUCACAAAUUUUGUCCACAUAUUCUCUCUCUCCACUCUCCUUCUAUAUAACUGCCCAAUCCAACCAAUCCCUUCCUCCUACUAACUGUGAGAAAAAUAGAGAGAGAGAGAGAGAGGCCAAGGGACAGAAAAAUGAUGAGGUUAAGGUCAAAGCGAUUCUCCAGAAGCAAUUCAAAGCUUUGUGGCGGCGGCGUUGGUGGUGGAGUAAAUCCCGCCGCCACCAUCGGCGGCGGAGAAAUAAAAUGGGAACUUAGGCCCGGCGGCAUGCUUGUUCAGAAAAGAGAAAGUCAAGAAAACGCCGGCGAAGAGACGAUGAUCACCAUUAGAGUCUCUACUGUCUCUAAAUGGCAUGAUAUGUCAAUCCAACCCACCUCCACAUUUGGAGAAUUAAAGAUUCUAUUGUCAAUAUUGACGAAAUUGGAGCCCCACGAGCAAAGAUUGCUAUUCAAAGGGAAAGAGAGAGAAGAUGAUGAGCACUUGCACAUGGUUGGUGUAAGAGAUAAGGACAAAGUGCUCAUGUUAGAAGAUCCGGCUAUCAAAGAAGGCAAGCUACUCGGGUCGGCCCGGACCCGGGUCAUCCAAGCCCCUUACCGUACCAUUAGUGUCUAAUUAAUUAACACUACUUAAAUAUUAAUUAAGUCUUAAUUAGGUGUUUUUCUAUAGUUGUGUCUUUGAUGAUCAACUAACUAUAAAACAAGCUAUUAUUUGUUAAAAAUGUAAUGAUGGUUAUGCGUCCAAUCAUGGAAGUGUUUCGGGGGGGCGAUAAUACCCUUGUCGGCUUGGGCUUUAUUAAAAUGUAAAAUGAUGAUGAAUGUCCAAGUCAUUUUGGAUUAGUUUAUAGGGUAUAUGUUGCAAGAGAUGAAUCAAUGAUAUUGGGUUCUCUUUGUUUUGUAAAGAGGAAAUGAAUCAAUUAUAUUGGUUUCUCUUUA